CACCGUUCGUGCGCUAAUAUCAAGUACUCUUCAAGUGCCCUCUUUGAAGAGUUUCAAUGUCUUCUUUGAAGGAUUCUCCCUCAGAUAUUCGGGCACGGAUAGACGAAGUAAGGCGGUUUCUGUCAAUAGCGCUGAGCAUCGCUAACGCUCAUACGGUGGAGUUCUACACUCACGAUGUGUGGGGCAGGCUAAUAGCUGUCACACCAGAAGAGGUCUUAUCAGCCAUCAGUUUUCAGGACGGCCACCAGAGGGCGCCCGAACGCAACACAGAUGAGACGCCUAAAACCACAUUUGGGUUUUGCGAGAGAACCCAUCGCCUGGUUGAUAUUCAUACAUUACUGGAGGCUGCCAAAGCGCUCUCUAUCCCUGGCCUUGGAGUCUGUCUGUCCAGGAAGCAGCUGAUGCAGUCUCUCAGAAAAGACUCCCAAGUCUCCACACAUGCAGAGCAAGCAGAUGCAGAGAAGGAGCCGAGCGAGUUCAUGAACUCCAAGAAGUCCCACGAGGUGCAGUCCAUGUCGGAGGUGGUGUCCUGCCUCGCCCAGGGGUGCAGAGUCAAUCAGGUGAUCGACGUGGGCUCAGGUAAGGGCUACCUGUGCUCCUUCCUGUCGCUGCGCUACGGCCUGCAGGUGUACGGCAUCGACUCCUCCAGCUCCAACACCCACGGGGCCCACGAGAGGAACCGCAAGCUGAAGAGGUUCUCCAGGGCCUACCAGACCCACCUGAGGAGCCCUCCUCAGCCGGAGCUCCCAGGGUCAGCGGACGUGGCGGCGGCGGCGACGGCGGCGGCGGCGGCGGCGGCGGCGGACGAUAAACCCGUGAGCGACAGGGGCCAAUCGGAGGACGUUAUCGGUACGGCCGCCCAGAGAGGAAGGUCGGCGGUGGAUGGAUGUGCGCCCGAUGGAUGUGCGCCCGAUGCAGUCAGAGAGGGAAACGCAGCGUGUCGGAGGGAGGAGGAAGAGGAAGACACAGCCCGUCUCAGGACGGAGGAGGGGGAUGAAGAGGGUAAAGAGGACGCGGCGGCUUCCCCUUCAGAGUCGGGCGCCUCAUCCAUAGACGUGGGUUCGAUUCCCGACGGCGAUCCCGACGCCGUGGAGGACCCGGAGCCGGAGGACCCCUUCCUGGGCGCGCUGCCCCUGGAGGCCACCGAGGCGGUCUCCGGCGGCGGGCCCCCCAGAGCGGCCCCCCCCGGGCUCAGCGCCGCGGAGCGCGAGAGGAGGAAGCGGGAGAACCUGGCGAGGAAGGCGGGCCGUGGCGCCGGGGGCGGGGCCGGGGGCGGGGCCGGGGGCGGGGCCGAGGGCGGGGCGCUCUACUCGCCGCUGACCUCCUACGUCACCGCGGAGACGGAGCUCAGGGACCUCAUCGACGGGUUGCAGGAUGCGGUGCUGGUGGGUCUGCACACGUGCGGCGACCUGGCCCCCAGCACCCUGAGGAUGUUUGCGGCCAAGCGGGAGCUGGCGUCCGUGUGCAGCGUGGGCUGCUGCUACCACAUGCUGACGGAGGAGUUCGGCCCCCCAGCGCCCCCACCAGGUGAUCUGACGGCACUGCAGGCCGCGCCCCCACCAGGUGAUCUGACGGCACUGCAGGCCGCGCCCCCACCAGGUGAUCUGACGGCACUGCAGGCCGCGCCCCCACCAGAUGGCGGUGUGUUUGGCUUCCCAAUGAGCGCUUACCUCCGGGAGCAGUCGUGGUUCUGUGGCCGGAACGCCCGGAUGUCUGCCUGCCUGGCUUUGGAGAGAGUGACAGUUGGCAAAGGGAUUCAAAUGGAGUCUCUGUUCUUCCGGGCUGUACUGCAUGUGAUUCUGAGGGACCACUACGACUCGUUUAAGAGUGAGAGACGGGUGGGCAACGUCUACUCCAAGUCCAAGUCCUUCGUGGACUACGUCCGUAAAGCUCUGGGCCGGCUGGAACUGGACCAUUCCAAGCUUUCUGACAGCGUCAUCCAGGACUACCACGAGGCCUACGCUCCCCGGACGGCCGAGAUGAGGGCCUUCAACAUGCUCAAGGUGAUACUCGCCCCUUGUAUCGAAGGAGUGGUUCUGCUCGAUCGCCUCUGUUUCCUCAAAGAACAGGAGGAUAUUGCGUUCUCCGCCCUGGUGCAGCUCUUUGAUCCCCUGCUGUCGCCAAGAUGUUACGCCGUUGUUGGGGUGAAAACGGCUGGAAUAGUCGAUUAGUCACGAAGAUCCAAUUACACUUUCAUCCAGCCAUAUCGCUUUACUUUUUAUAUUGUCCCUUUUUUCAUUUUCUGUUCCUUUUUUUUAUUUAUUUUUUAAGCAAUGCAAAACACUCGUAAGUCUUACCAUUUCACAACUCAUGACGCAAUUUAGUAUUCAGAGCCUAAACGUCUUUCUCUGUUUGCAGCAGAGGGGAGCGUUUGGGUUUGAUAUGGAACCGAUCUUACAAAGGUUACACCAAGGCUCCCGCACUGUCCCGCGUGGGAGCAGAGUGUGUAACAGGAAUAUAUAAUAGUUUUAUCUCAUUAUGGGAGCGUUUGCCACUGUGUCGGUCUGAGAGGGGUUCUUAGAAGGAAAGGAAAAUCCUUUUAAUGGACGGAUAAGGGGCCCCAAGGGGUUUGAAAGGGGGGGCCCCUCUUACCCCGUUCCUUUUUUGUGUUCCACCGGUCUGGAAACACCAUUUCAAGGCUCCUCACACAAAAAGCACGCACAGAGAAGGAGUCUUUACGAUCUCCCUGGGUUUGGUCGUGUUGUGUUCCUGGACAUUAAACGACCGCUCCGACCUUUGACCCGCGGAGGAGCUCAAUGUACUCGACGCAGCGCUGAACGUACGGGGAAACACACACAAAGCAAGAGUAAACAUCGACACAAUUUGGUGUGGCUGGGACGGCUGUUCUGACCUGAAGUAACCGAAUCAUGAUACUGCUGGUAUUAUUGAGUUAAUACUGUCUUGUGUUUUUAGUGUGUGGCGAAAAAAGCUACCAGUUAGUUGUACAUCAAAUUAAUUUUACAUUGUUUUAGUGAAAGUGUUUCCGACUGUUGAAUUGAAAUAAAUUCAGCUUCAGAUUUGAA